CACUAUUCACUCUACAACAACUACCAACCUCUCUGCUCCCCAAAAACUUAAUACAAAAUAAAAAACAAAAUUAACUCAGACUCAAUUUCAGUUUCAGUAUUUUCCUCCUUGCUUUUUUCUACGGUUCCUUCAGUUUCACUUCAGUCAGUUCUCAGUUUCGCUCGCUGUGCUGAAAGCUGAAUCUGAAUCGGGCUCGGAUUUCGGAAUUUAUUGUCUCGUUUUGGCGUUUGGAGUUUUCGUUUGUUUUUUAAAAAAAUUGAAAAUAAAAUAAAUCAAAUUUUUGAAAAUCUAAUAUUCCGUUCGAUUCGAUUUUAAAGAAGAAGAAGAAGAUGGCGCCGGGCGUAUGUGUUGCUAGUUUCCGCGUGUUCUUACGGUCGUCGGAUAUGUUGCGUUUUCGUAUAACGCCUACAACUGUUUAUCGUUCAUUUCUAAAUGCGAAUGCGGAAUCAAGGCCAGAUUUUAGAGCGAAAGGAAGAUAUUGCAGUUCACAGUCAACAACAGCAUCACCACCACCACCACCUGCACAGGAAGAAACUUGUCCAGGAGAAGUAACCAUAAAAUAUAUUCAAGGCCUGCCACACAUAACCGUUCCGCUGCCAAGUCGAAACGAAAAAUGUCGUUUCGCCCUCAAGCCUAUAUCACACAAAGUAUUUAACCUAAUUGAAAUGUUAAAAUUAGAAGAUCGUGGAGUUGACAGAGUGAUAAUAUUAAAUGACGAAGGAGUGCGGAUAGCCUCAACAUGUAGCAUAGAAAGUCUUAUGGAUGAACCAUUUUGGUUGAAUAUUAACGAUAAAAAAUACAAAGUAGUUCCUCCAGAAAGAGAACGAAUCUCUCCACAAGAUUUAACAAAAUUAGGUGAUGUUAGAGCAUUAGUUGAACAAUUAUACGAAACAUUACAAGUAGGAGAAUAUCAUUUGCACAAAGAAGAAGAAUUAGAAAGUAAGUUAGAAGAACUUAAACAUCAGCUGAGUCCUCUGGAAGAGAGAAAAACAGAACUGAGCGCGGAAGCAUCACGUAGAGCUAAUUUCAUGACAUGGGCCGGUCUAGGUUUUAUGUCAGUACAAUUUGGAAUAUUGGCUCGCCUCACCUGGUGGGAGUACUCUUGGGAUAUUAUGGAACCCGUAACCUAUUUCGUAACCUAUGGCACAGCGAUGGCUGCCUAUGCGUAUUUUUGCACAACAAACACGGAAUAUAAUUUUCCUGAAGUUAAGGACCGACAAUUCCUCCUUACACUACACAAACGUGCCAAAAAGAAGCGAUUCGACAUCGAAGAAUAUAACUUACUGAAGCGUAAAAUCGCCGACAUCGAAUACGACUUGAGACGAGUUCGUGAUCCGCUCAAUUUACCACAUGAAAAGGGAUCUACUCGAAAAUUUCCCAUAUCAAAUCCACCAUCAACAACAAGAAGUGGUGAUAGCUCGAGUACAAAUAGUUCCACUUUAAUUUCUACAGCGAAAACGUCGCGCACAGCAACAGAGGCAAUAAAGGGUCUUUUAUCGCUCGCAAGUAGAAAAAAGAAUCCUGACCAAUAAAUAAAACGAUGCUUAUAGUUUUGUAUUUAAAAAAAAAAAUAAAUUAAAACAACAGCAAAUAUAAAUUCAUUUUAAGUGCCCUUUUUCUGUUACAACAAAAUAAAAACUAAAAAUCAUAAAAUAAAAAAAUAACAUUUUGAAUACACAACUUUUAAAAAAUAAAAUAUUUUCAAAAAUAUAUAAAAGAAAAAAUCAACUAUUGUAACAGUAGAAGCUCCCAGAUGCAUAGAUGACUU